GCCAACUGACUUACGGUGAAAUUAAUUUUUAAUCAACUCUGAGAAAUCCGAAAUAGUUUGUUGUCUAUUAAAAUAAACCCUUUUAAAAUGUAGCGUCAUCACAAUUUCCUGUCACAAUGUAUGUGUGUACUUCCAGUUCCAAGUGUACCGAAAUCGACCAUUCUCUUCAAAGUAAGAAUAAGGUGAUCAAUUGCUACUACUGAGAAUAAAAAUGUCUGAUACAGAAAGAUUAUACGAUUACAAUAUGAAUAUAUGGCUGAGGAAUUGUGAGGAGGAGAUACAGGAACCGAUUCGUGGAGAAGUGACGGGUAAACUUCCCUCGUGGCUCCAAGGUACUCUCGUCAGGAAUGGUCCGGGACGAAAUAAAAUCGGUGAUUGUGAAUAUGAACACGUCUUUGACGGACUGGCUCUGUUACACAGGUUUGAUAUAUCGGAGGGUCAAGUUACUUAUCAAUGUAAAUUCGUGAAGUCUGAGACAUACAAAAAGAAUAUGGCAGCCAAUCGCAUCGUGGUCACAGAAUUCGGCACGACGGCUGUACCGGACCCCUGUCGCAGUAUUUUUGACCGUAUAUCCUCAACGUUCAGAUUGAAUCGAGAUAGAACAGAUAACACCGCAGUAUCUAUUUAUCCCUUUGGAGAUCAAAUUUAUGCGAUGACCGAAGUACCCGUUAUUUAUGAAAUAGAUCCCAGAAACUUAGAAACUGUUGGCAAGAAAGAAAUAGAGAAGUCUUUAAUAGUAUGUCACACCGCUCACCCACAUGUGAUGCCAAAUGGAGACGUUUACAAUCUAGGAAUGAGUAAAACAAAUGGUCUUAAACACGUAGUCGUUAAGUUUACAUACAGUGAUAAAGGAGAUAUGUUUGAAUCAGCGGAAAUAGUCGCCAGCAUGACUCCCAGGUGGAAACUCCAUCCGUCAUACAUGCACUCAUUUGGCAUAACGGAAAACUACUUCGUGAUAAUUGAACAUCCGUUAUCGUUGUCUUUAUUGGGUAUGGCUCGGAGAGUAUUUAUCACCGCCCCGUUUUCCUCCGUCCUGCACAGCUAUCCAGAUCAAGACACUCAAAUAGUCCUUAUUAACAGAAUAACCGGCGAGGAGACCAGAUACACAACAGACACCAUAUUUUAUAUGCACAUCAUCAAUUGCUUUGAAUCGGAUGGGAAAGUUAUUAUUGAUUUGUGCAGUUACAAAGACGGAAAAAUCAUUGAAUCCAUGUACACCAGAGCUAUAAAAUCAAUGCAAUCUAAUCCGGAGUACGGUGAAUGGUGCGAGUGUCGUGCAAAACGCCUCGAAAUACCUCUGGACGCGGUCGACUGUAAGGUGGAAGCCAAGUUGAUCGCUGAUGUUGGAUGCGAGGCUCCGAGAAUCAAUUACGAUGUUUGUAAUGCUAAACCGUACAGAUAUUUCUAUGGCAUCGGUUCCGACAUUGGUAAAAGUGACUCGGGCAAUCUCGUGAAAGUGGAUACAAAAACCGGUGAUUACAAAAUAUGGUUAGAAGAAGACACCUAUCCAAGUGAACCGAUUUUCGUGCCUCGUCCGGAGGCUGUGGAUGAGGAUGACGGUGUGCUCUUAAGCGCUCUCGUAUGGGGAAGGGAUGAUCACGCGAUAGCUUUACUAGUUCUGGAUGCUCGCGAUUUGAAAGAAAUAGCACGUGUUUGCUUCAAAACCCCCUCGCAGGCAACCAGGUGCUUCCAUGGGUGGUUCCUACCCGGCCAACAACUCAAAUAGAUAUACUUACUCGUAAUCAAUUAUAUAAAAGUAAUAGUAAUUACUAUAAACAUAGAGGCUGGAUUUUUUUAAAUUAACGGUUGUAUUUAUACGAGUUCUUCGAUACUGUUCGAUGUAUAUGUAUUGUGCUGCUUCUGUAAUAAAAUAAACUUUAAAUGGAAUA